GUAUUGUUUUGCACAUGUGAAAGGCCAAUUGCUGCAGUAGUCAGUAUUAUUACCUUACGCUUAAAACCACAUAAGUUUUGUAAAUUGUUAGCAAAUGGAGGACGUAAAACAAGUAGUUGUUGAAGGCGUUGACGCCUUGACUUUGAAUGGUAAAACAGAAUCAGAGGCUGUGGAAACUGGCAUGGAUGCCCAAGCGCAAGAAAAGGCCAAUAAUGUGGAUGAUGUGGUAGACCCAUGGAAUGUUGCAAGCACGAACGACGCUGGUGUUGACUACGAUAAGCUCAUAAAACGUUUUGGCUCAAGCAAAAUCGAUGAGGAGCUUAUCGCACGUUUCGAAAAGAUCACAGGCAAGCCAGCUCAUCACCUUAUUAGACGUGGUAUAUUCUUUUCGCAUCGCGACUUGCAUACAAUACUGACGUUGCGAGAACAAGGCAAACCCUUUUACCUGUACACGGGUCGUGGUCCCAGUUCGGGCUCACUACAUAUUGGACACUUGGUGCCGUUUAUUAUGACCAAAUGGCUGCAGGAGACCUUCGAUGUUCCUCUAAUAAUACAACUGACUGAUGAUGAAAAGACAUUGUGGAAAGAUCUGAAGGUCGAGGAGGCAAUUAAAUUGGCGCGUGAGAAUGCAAAGGAUAUUGUUGCUAUGGGCUUUGAUGUAAAUAAAACAUUUAUUUUCAACAAUCUAGAGUUCAUGGGCAAAUGUCCUGCCAUGUAUCAAAAUAUUAUACGGAUACAAAAGUGUGUGACGUUUAAUCAGGUGAAAGGUAUUUUCGGCUUUGGUGAUUCUGAUAUUAUUGGCAAGAUUGGAUUUCCUGCGGCUCAAGCAGCACCAGCCUUGUCGAGCACAUUUCCCUUUAUCUUCGGAAAUAAGAAGGUGCACUGUCUUAUACCCUGUGCCAUCGAUCAGGAUCCUUAUUUCCGCAUGACGCGCGAUGUAGCGCCACGUUUGGGCUUUCCGAAGUGUGCGCUCUUACACUCGAGCUUCUUUCCGGCGCUGCAGGGUGCCAAAACGAAAAUGUCAGCCAGCGAGCAAAAUUCGGCCGUAUUUCUAACAGACACACCCAAGCAGGUCAAAAACAAAAUUAACAAAUAUGCAUUUUCCGGAGGACGUGUGACAGUGGAGGAACACCGUAAACUGGGCGGCAUUCCUGACAUUGAUGUGGCCUAUCAGCUGUUAAAGUUCUUUUUAGAAGACGAUGUCAAGCUAGAGGAAGUGCGUAUGUCUUACAGCAAGGGUGAACUGCUUACCGGCGAGAUCAAGAAGCUGGCAAUUGAUAUUGUGACGCCCAUUGUGGAGCAACAUCAAGCAGCGCGUAAACUAGUGACAGACGAAGUGCUAGACCAAUUCUUUGAGCUGAGACCACUUAAAUUUGGCAAUGCAAGCUAAUUGUACAUAAAACGUAUGUAAUUGUUGUUGGCUGGAGUUGCUUGACACAGGCUUGAAGCUUGUUGCACAAGCUAUUUAUUUACAUACUAAGCAGAGUAAAUUUUUAUAAAUAUCAAAACGCAAAACAAACACAAAACAAAUAAACGGCUUCGAUUUUCAAAUGCAAGGUACUGACCCACAUUGCUUGUUGUAAAAAUAGCUGUUAAUACUAUCCGGCACCCAACUACCGAUGUGUAUAGAACUAGACGUUUACUG